GCACAAAAAAACCAUGAGUUAUAGUAGAGGAUUAAUAAAUUUAAUUGAAUCGUUUUUAAAUAAUCUUAUCAAUUGUCAAGUCAGUCUCUUACAGAGACCAACACACACUUCAAAAUUUACGCAUCAAAACAAAAAAUUCACUACAUAAUUAAACAUAAAAAUGCUUUUAAAGAAAUUCCCAGAAAUACUAGUGGCACUACACAUCAUAAUAAUUGAGGUCUAUGGCGGUUAUCAUCAGGGAUUAUCAACGAAUACAGAUUGUUUAACCCCUGAACGUGUACAAGGUUCAUGUGUGCCAUCCGCUAAAUGUCGCCGCAUAGAAUGGAUGUUGAAAAAUUGGUCGGCACCUUAUCCCCAGCAUAUUGUACAGUAUAUACGCCAGAGUCAUUGUGGAACUCAGGGUGAUAUACAUUUCAAUUGUUGUGCUUUUUACGAUAUAAAAGGUUAUAUUCAUCCGCCCACACAUAUCGCAUUCACGCCCACUACAGCUGCCCCUUUAGUGCAUAAUCUUCAUCAUCCCUUCCACUCGGGCCAGAGUCAACAUUUGUACAAUCUUCCUUCGGAUAAUCUACAAUUUCAACAUCGUCCCACUGCCAAUUAUAUACAAAAGCCUUUGGGUGAACGCAUUUUACGCUCGAUGGCUUGUGGUUCCCUUAAUGGUGAUCGUAUAUCGAAUGGUGAAGUUGUAAGACUCUCUGAAUUUCCUUGGAUGGUUUUGCUGGAAUCUAGGGGAGUCAAAUCGAGACAAAGAUUUCGUUGUGCCGGUACUUUGAUAACAAAUCAAUAUGUGCUGACAGCAGGACAUUGUGCCGAAGAGAAAAAUGAUGUAAUCUCUGUACGCCUGGGUGAACAUGACCUGAAAUCUGAACAUGAUUGUGAACAUCACAAAAAACCUCAUGUGGUCUCUUAUUGUGCUCCGCCUUAUGAAGAUGUCGAUAUCGAAACAAUAUUACUGCAUCCGGAUUAUAAAGCCAAUACUCUGCAAAAUGAUAUUGCCUUAAUAAGAUUGGUGAGACCAGUAGAAUUUCAAAGUCAUAUUAAACCAGUAUGUCUGCCCAUUGAUGCUCAAAUAAAUGCAGAAAUUCCGACAGAACAAAUUGUAGCAGGUUGGGGAGUAACCGAAAAAGGUUAUGCCUCUGAAAUUUUACUCAAAGCCUCUAUACCCGUGCAACCCUUAGCAGUGUGUCAAAAUCUCUAUAAACAAAAUCCUCCUUUUUCUGAGAAAAAUUUGUGUGCUGGAGGCAUUGAUAAACGCAGCACUUGUAGAGCCGAUUCUGGUGGCCCUUUAUUUGCUGCCGUGCCCUAUGAACACUUUCAAAGACGUUAUGUACAAUUUGGCAUUACCUCAGCCGGAAGUUAUGCGUGUGGCGGUAAACAUAAUUUGCCGGGAAUUUAUACAAAUGUGAGAACAUUUAUACCUUGGCUAAUAAGUAAUAUUUAUUGAAUUUUUAAUUAGAAUUAGAAACUCAUAAAUGAAUUAAUUUAUAUUAAAAAUUACAGCAGAAUAAUUUUAGAAAUAUGUAAAUUAAAAUAUAAAAUAACAAUUGUUUUAAAGUUUA